ACCACAAAGGACUUUACUAAACUAGCUUCCAGUUAGUACACUGAAAUUCAAAGUCAUGCUCAUAACUGUUAAUGAAAGCAGAUUCAAAGCAACACCACCACCACUGAAGUAUUUCUAGUUAUUUAAGAUUGGAACUACCAAGCAUGUGGCUCAUGGUCAGUGUAAUUCUAAUCUCACGGAUAUCCUCUGUUGGGGGAGAAGCAACAUUUUGUGAUUUUCCAAAAAUAAACCAUGGAAUUCUAUAUGAUGAAGAAAAAUAUAAGCCAUUUUCCCAGGUUCCUACAGGGGAAGUUUUCUAUUACUCCUGUGAAUAUAAUUUUGUGUCUCCUCCAAAAUCCUUUUGGACUCGCAUAACAUGCACAGAAGAAGGAUGGUCACCAACACCAAAGUGUCUCAGACUGUGUUUCUUUCCUUUUGUGGAAAAUGGUCAUUCUGAAUCUUCAGGACAAACACAUCUGGAAGGUGAUACUGUACAAAUUAUUUGCAACACAGGAUACAGACUUCAAAAAAAUGAGAACAACAUUUCAUGUGUAGAACGGGGCUGGUCCACUCCUCCCAAAUGCAGGUCCACUGUUUCUGCAGAAAAAUGUGGGCCCCCUCCACCUAUUGACAAUGGAGACAUUACUUCAUUCCAAUUGUCAGUAUAUGCUCCAGGUUCAUCAGUUGAGUACCAAUGCCAGAACUUGUAUCAACUUGAGGGUAACAAUCAAAUAACAUGUAGAAACGGACAAUGGUCAGAACCACCAAAAUGCUUAGAUCCAUGUGUAAUAUCACAAGAAAUUAUGGAAAAAUAUAACAUAAAAUUAAAGUGGACAAACCAACAAAAGCUUUAUUCAAGAACAGGUGACAUAGUUGAAUUUGUUUGUAAAUCUGGAUAUCAUCCAACAAAAUCUCAUUCAUUUCAAGCAAUGUGUCAGAAUGGGAAACUGGUAUAUCCCAGUUGUGAAGAAAAAUAGAAUCAAUGGCAUUACUAUUAGUAAAAUGCACACCUUUUUCUGAAUUUACUAUUAAAUUUGUUUUCAAUUUCAUUUUUCAAGUACUGUUUUACUCAUUUUUAUUCAUAAAUAAAGUUUUGUGUUGAUUUGUGAAAAUGCAAUUACAAUCUGAGAUGUGUCACAAUGGUGAGGACUAUCUUCACCAAAUCUAAGUAACAACCUAGGAAUUGUCUUUUUUUUCUUUUUUAAAAAAUUGACAAUAACUGUAUAUAUUCAUGGAGUACAUAGUAAUGUUUCCAUAUAUAUAAUGUAUAAUGGUCAGUUAGGGUAAUUAGUAUAUCCAUUAUCUCAAACAUUUUUCAUUUCUUUGGGUAGGAGCAUUAAAUAUUCUCCUUCCAGCUAUUUGGUACUUCAUAGUAUAUUACUGGUAACUGAAGGAAUUAUAUCUAGACGUUACCCCAGGUAUCUUGAAAUGUCAAUUCCUAACAGUCACAGCCUGGGAGCUCAUGUCUGCCUUCUUUCAGAGCUUGUAACUAUGUAUAUCCACAUAGAUAAUCAAAA